AUGGGUACUAUGGAUAAUACGUAUUAUAUACCUUGGAACUUGGAUGUCGUAGGCUUCAUGGAGCGCUAUAUCUCUGUUCAUCGAGCUCUGAUUACACACUGUGUAUACACUGACUUUGACAACAUCAGUGAUCUCGAGAAACUUGUACGGAGUUUAUCUGUUGAAGUUUUGUUCAAUGGCUUCACAGCGUUUAUGCCAGUAAGCAACAAGAACGUGAUUGCAACCGAGUCAGUGCUGUCUCUCGUCAUCGCUGAAGUUAUCCUUGUUGUCAAUUGUAAAGGCGUAAUUUGUAUUGGAAAUUAUCAAGUGGUAGUCCGGCUGAUGCACCUCUCUUUAGUGUCGAGUUAA